GAAACCAUGGAGACAUUUCGGUGAAGAAAUUGUGAAGGACUUUGAAACAGAAUCGUGAGCACGGACCCUUACCCUGCCCUGCACACCUGGUGCAGAGCUUAUGUGGAGAUACACUUGAGUGGUGACAAAAAUGGGGACGAUCCGGUGGGAGAUUGUCGAUUUUAUAAACAUAUAAUUAUACGCAGCAGCACGAAUUCCGAGAGGAAUGUCAUCAAAGAUAGCGUCAACUGAGGGAAAGGAGGGCUGACGUCCGGCUCCAUGACUCAGAGUGGAUAUUACAAUUACGAGCAGCGAGAGAUAGAGAGAGCCAUUUCAAUUGACUGACAGAGGCAACGAAGACGUGUUUGCUUGCUCGGUGCCUGAUCCAGCACCUGAAGUCAAGCCAAGGCAUGUGACGAAGCGCAUUUUGCAAUCACCGGUCAAUCCUGCUGGAUCGACCACCGAAAUUGAAUUCUAUAUGCCUCCGGUCGCGGCUCCGAGCCUACGAUGCUCUCUGUCCGGUUCCGAGAGGGUGAUAGAACUACUCAUAUCACUCGUCGGGAAACAAAGGAGUGUGAAACUUGUGCGGGUGAUCACCAUCCAGCUCAUCAUCCGGCGAGCUCUCUCAGCAGACAAUUCUCAUGUUUGAAACGCCAUUUCUCCACCUACGGAUCGAUUUUGACCCGGACUACGAGCAUCCAGCUCUGACAAAUGCAAGUCUCUUUCGGUUAAACAGGACCCACGGGCAAGGGAAGGAGGAAAUCGCAGCACUAGCUUCGGUGCCUACGCAGGCCGGCCGGCAAGCAGGCAAGCAGGCACAGGAGGAGGGACGGGAGUUUGGGGGAGGGGGAGGUAAGGGAGGGAGGGCGGGACGCAGGCAUGGAGGGCAUGGAGGGUAUGGAGGGCAAUGCGCGAGCGGGACACGAGCGAGAGCAACGGGCGGCCCCGAGCAAAGGUGUCAGUUUUCUUUGUGGGAAAGUAGAAGCAUAAGAAGGGGAAGAUUCCCCAUUGCUACCCAACACCACCACCGAGAAAAUCCGCCUUUUCCCCUUCCCCAUCCUUUUUGCUUUAUUACUUGGUUUCCCCCUCGAGUGUAUCCGUCUCGGACACAGAUGCUAGGAGAAGGAGCAGGAGAAGGAGCAGGAGCAGGACGAAGGAAGAUGCAGCAAAAGUUGUGA